AUGAAGUUCUCAAACUAUCUUACUGGCUUCGUUUCCCUGGCGAGCUUUGCCGCAGCUCUCCCCUCUAGCGUCUCGGCGCCUACCGAUUUGUUUCGACGCAGCGCCAUUGAGAUCAGGAAUGCUCUCGAGGCUGCCCAGGCCAAGGCAGUCACUCUGGGAGACCUCUUUGAAGCAGCCACAGAUGCGAGUGCCAUUCCAGGCAUCGAGACCGCAGGCGCCGACCUGGUUGCCAGCAUCAACUCAGCCGAAGAGAUCGCGGCGGCCAGCAAUGAGCUUACUCUCAUUGAGGCACUUGGAUUCGCCGGCACCGUCACUAGCCUUGAGGGCACCAUUGACGACCUCGUGUCCGUGGUGGAGGAGAAGAAGCCUCUCGUCGAGGAGAUCGACUACGUGGACGAGCUGCUCGCAUAUCUUACUGAGCUCCAGGCUGCGACCAACGCCUUUGGGGUGACGAUUCUCACAAAGGUGCCAGAUGCCGCGAAGAGCAUUGCUCAGGGAUAUAUUGACGACUUGAAUGAGACGCUCGCUGAAGUCGUUGCCUACUAUACCUCGUAA